AUGCUUUGGACUCCCAAACGCGCUCGUCUUGAAGGUCUUGAACUGGCUGAUGCUCAUGGUUUGACGGCCAAGACCUAUGCGAAGAUGUCCGGCGUGCCACAGUCCGUGCCAACACCGCUCCCAGUCCAAAGCCCCAGCCUCAGCCGCACGAAAGGCCGGAGCAGCACCCCGCGAGGCAGCGGCCAUGCUGCGGCCGCAGCCACGAGCGCUUCUGCCGUGGCCAGGAGGAAGGGUGCGGUGACACCGCCAAGGAGUGGAAGUGUGAAGAGCUUGGGCAGUGCCCGGAGCAAUGGAAGAACAAGUCCAACCACGAGCCCCACGGCUGUAUCUCAUGCCUUUGACUUCUUCGAGGUGGCACCAAGCCCGUCGCACUCUCCGAAGCGCCGCCCCCCCGCGGUGCCCGCGGCGCCCGCCGUGCCCGCGGCGCCCGCGCCGCCCGCGGUGCCCGCGGCCGUGAGCCCUGAGGGGCGGCGGCAAUUGCCCUCGGUCUCCACCUUGGUGGCUGCGGCCCCCGAGCCGACCGAGACCAGCCUCGAAACGAUGUACGAAUGCCUCGACAACCUGGAGAAGCUCCAGAGACUGCGGGCCAUCCAUGCUGAGCGGCUCGAGUCGGAGCGACGGUCCCAAGGACGGUCUCCAAGCGGCUGA